UAAAAAAGUGGCCAAUGUUUUAUUAACUAUCAAACUACUAACAAGAAUUCAUAAAACUAAAUUUACAGUCUAAAUAGGAUGAAUGAUAUUAAUAAAGAUAUAAAGAAAUAAACAUGUCAUUUCAGAAUUCAAGUAAAUUUCUAGGUCUAUUAUCAUUGUCCAAACAAUGUUUAACAAAGUUGAAUAUACCUAAGCCAAUAUUUCCAAAUCGAUGUCCCGUUUCAUAUACCAGUGUAAAGUUGAUCAGUACAUCCAAAUUGACCCAGUCACAAUCUAUACCACUUGCAAAAUUAGAAGGUAAACUUCAAUUAGUAUACACUUGUAAAAAAUGCAAUACGAGGAAUUUAAAGCAUAUUUCAAAACUGGCGUACAACAAAGGCGUUGUCAUUGUCAAGUGUGAUGGAUGCCAAAAUAAUCAUUUAAUAGCAGAUAAUCUAAAUUGGUUUACUGAUUUGAAUGGCAAGAGAAAUAUCGAAGAAAUUUUGGCUGAAAAGGGCGAGAAGGUUCAGAGAUUAUCUGUGUUGAAUGAUGACUUGGAGAUAUUACAUGCGGAUAUAGAAAACGAGACUAAUAAGUUAUUACUCGAAGAAGAAACUAAACAAAUUGAUAAUAAGAAAGAAUAA